CAGCAGGGCUCCGGCGGGCGCCGCUGCGCCUUCGUCCCCUGCUUCUACCUGGGCGGGCCAGGCAGGCAGGCGAGGACCGGGAGCUAUGGGUGACUGGGGCUUCCUCGAGAAGCUGCUGGACCAGGUCCAGGAGCACUCGACCGUGGUGGGUAAGAUCUGGCUGACAGUGCUCUUCAUCUUCCGCAUCCUCAUCCUGGGCCUGGCGGGCGAGUCGGUGUGGGGCGACGAGCGGUCAGAUUUUGAGUGUAAUACGGCCCAGCCCGGCUGUUCCAAUGUCUGCUAUGAUCAGGCUUUCCCCAUCUCCCACAUCCGCUACUGGGUGCUGCAGUUCCUCUUCGUCAGCACUCCCACCCUGAUCUACCUGGGCCACGUCAUUUACCUGUCCCGGCGAGAGGAGCGAUUGAGGCAGAAGGAGGAAGAGCUGCGGGCCCUGCCAGCUGAAGACCCACAGGUGGAGCAAGCACUGGCGGCUGUAGAACGUCAGAUAGCCAAGAUCUCCGUGGCAGAGGACGGUCGAGUGCAGAUCCGCGGUGCUUUGAUGGGCACCUAUGUGGUCAGUGUGCUGUGUAAGAGCAUGCUAGAGGCCGGCUUCCUCUAUGGCCAAUGGCACCUCUAUGGCUGGACCAUGGAGCCGUUGUUUGUGUGCCAGCGUUCACCCUGCCCCCAUUCUGUGGACUGCUUUGUCUCCCGGCCUACAGAGAAAACCAUCUUCAUCAUCUUCAUGCUGGUGGUUGGACUCAUCUCCCUGGUACUCAACCUGCUGGAGCUGAUGUACCUGCUGUGCCGCUGCUUUGGUCAGGGAAUGAAGGCACAGCAGGGCCAGGUUGCACGCCCAGCCCGGGGCAUGUCCUCAGACUCUUACCCUGACCAGGGCUGCUUCUACCUCCCUAUGGGCAAGGUGCCCUCGUCGCCACCAUGCCCCACCUGCAAUGGAUUCUCAUCUACUGAGCAGAACUGGGCCAACUUGACCACAGAGGAGAGGCUGCCUUCUUCCAGGCCCCCCCCAUUCCUGGACCCACCCCCACAGAGUAGCCAGAAAUCUCCCAGUCGCCCCAGUUCCUGUGCUUCCAAGAAGCAGUAUGUGUAGGGGCUUUGGGCUUGUCACUUAGCAGAGGUGUCCUGAGAAGUUGUCAGGCUGCCCCCUCCUGGAAGACUCUGUAGAGGCAACUGGACCAAGGAAGUAGGUGCUCGCUGGCCAAAGGGCCUCCUGGCAGGUGGCUCUGGAACACUAGGGGCUUUCUGGGGACCAGCGGGCACUACGGCUUCCUCUCCAGACAGGGCCCGCUCAGGGUACUCCUGACCAAGGUGUUGCAGGACCAUUUCCACCUGAUCCUGAGGGAUCCCAAGCCAGCUUACCCCCACCAUUGUGGAAGAAUUAGCAGAGUCGGUGCCAGAUCCAUCUCUGUCCAGAGGACUGGUGCCUUGUUUUCAUCACCUUCCUAGUUCCAUUGUUUAUACUUCUAAAAUAAACAGGACUUGAUCACAA